AUGCCCGUCGUCAGCAGACAAGCCCAAACCCAAGCCCCCGCCGCCGUGAUCGGCCUGAGCGUGGGCAUCGGCGUUGGCGUGGUCCUGCUUGCCAUCAUCUAUAUCGUGGUGCUUCGCGUGCCCCGGAGCGGCACCAGACCGUCGGAUUCGGCGCGCCGGUGGCCCGGUCACGGUUUCAUCCGCAGUCCCGUGUAUGGCCGCGCUCCCUGGAGCUGA